CCCUGUCCCUCGUCAGCUUUCCACCGCCAGCAGCCCGCUGAUACCAGCCGGCUGUUCCCGACGCCGCCGCCGCCUCUCCGUUCUAGGAGCCGGGCCGGGAGCGGGUCCGCGAACCGCCGCUGCCAUGGGGAACCGCGUUUCGCGGGAAGACUUCGAGUGGGUCUACACCGACGAGCCCCACGCCAGUCGGCGCAAGGAGAUCCUGGCCAAGUAUCCGGAGAUAAAAUCCCUGAUGAAGCCGGACCCCAACCUGAUAUGGAUUGUCGUCAUGAUGGUCCUCACCCAGCUGGUCGCACUCUACCUAGUCAAGGACUUGGACUGGAAAUGGGUCCUGUUUUGGGCGUAUGCCUUCGGCAGCUGCCUUAACCACUCGAUGACUCUGGCCAUUCAUGAGUUGUCCCACAACAGCGCCUUUGGCCACUACAAAGCCAUGUGGAACCGCUGGUUUGGAAUAUUUGCUAACCUCCCUAUUGGCGUUCCCUACUCCAUUUCCUUCAAGAGGUAUCACAUGGACCACCAUCGCUACCUCGGAGGUGACGGCAUCGACGUGGACAUCCCCACUGAUUUUGAAGGCUGGUUCUUCUGCACCACUUUCAGGAAGUUCAUAUGGGUCGUUCUUCAGCCUCUCUUCUACGCUUUCCGGCCUCUGUUCAUCAACCCCAAACCAGUUACUCACCUGGAAAUUAUCAACACUCUGGUCCAGCUCACCUUUGACGUGAUCGUUUACUACGUUUUGGGAAUUAAAUCCUUAGUCUACAUGUUGGCAGCAUCCUUGCUUGGUCUAGGUUUGCAUCCGAUUUCUGGACAUUUUAUAGCUGAACAUUACAUGUUCCUAAAGGGGCACGAAACCUACUCGUAUUACGGGCCUCUGAACCUGCUCACCUUCAACGUGGGCUACCACAACGAGCACCACGACUUCCCCAACAUUCCCGGGAAGAGCCUCCCGCUGGUGAGGAAGAUAGCGGCCGAGUACUAUGACAACCUGCCCCACUACAACUCCUGGAUCAAAGUCCUGUACGACUUCGUGAUGGACGACACCAUCAGUCCCUACUCGAGAGUGAAGAGGCACCAGAAAGGCAAGGUGGAACUGGACUAAACGUCGUCACGACCAGAGGAAUUCCUCUCUGAAACCUCACAGUAGCCGACAAGGUGGAAUUGUGGCGUCACUCAGCGAAGACCAGUGGUGGUUAGAAGCCGCCUUCACUCGGUCCCCCAGUGCGAGCCCCCGCGGCACCGGGGAGCCUGCCCGACUGGCCACGGCCAGCGCGUCCGUGUGUGCUCCUCCUUCCUCGCGGGGACGUGGCCGCCGUGCCGUCGCUGUCCGGGGGGCUGUCUCACAUCUUGUAAGCAUAUCAUUCAAAAAGCUUGUACAAAGCUACUUCUCCUGUAUUAUUUUCACUAUAAAGUACUUUAUUAAAACAGCUAAUAACCUGAGUAAUUAAUCAAAAUAAAUAGUAUUUAUCACA